AUGCUGCGGGGCCCGGCCCUGCUGCCGCUGCUGCUGCGGCGGCCGGCCCGCCCCGGCCCCAGCCCCGGCCCCGGCCCCGGCCCCGGCCCCGGCCCCGGCCCCGGCCCCGCGCACGGCCGGCACUGCCAUAGCCAGCGGGAGCAAACCUCGGGCUCGGCCUCGGGAUCCGGCCCCAACUCCGGCUCGGGCUCCGGCUCAGCGUGGCCGCAGCCCCUGGAGCCAUCGCUGCUGCGCUUCCUGGUGUGCCCGCUCUCCAAGCGGCCGCUGAGGUACGAAGAAGCUACGAACGAGCUCAUUAACGAGGAGCUGGGCAUCGCGUACCCCAUCAUCGACGGCAUCCCGAACUUGGUUCCGGAGGCGGCCAGGAGGACGAACAAGAAGCCGCCGGCCGAGGGUCCGGAGCAGCCGUGAGGAGCCGCCGUGCACGGCGCUCACCCGGCCUGAUGGCCGGAGCAGGGCUGCUGCCCUCCCUGCCCACGCUGACUGUCCUCGUUCCCCUCCUGUCCCUGGCAGGCCUGUUCUACUCGGCCAGCGUGGACGAAAACUUCCCCCAGGGCUGCACCAGCACAACCAGCCUGUGUUUCUACAGUCUCCUCCUUCCUGUUACAGUACCAGUUUAUGUGUUCUUUCACCUCUGGACCUGGAUGGGGAUUAAGCUUUUUAGGCACAACUAGUGCAGUGCCUUUGCUAACCCCUGGCUUCUCUAAAUCAACAUAAUUUGUUUAAUCUCAUCAAGUAUUGCAGUUCAUUUUGAGAGUUUCCCUCUGGUACUAGGGACUGUCAUAAUUUUCCUGGUAGGAUCUGGAACUGUAGGAAGCAGCAGCCCAUUGUUAACUACUGCUAAUGCACAUGAAGGGUAGGAGUAAUACAAAGCACUAAUUCCCUCACUUUUAUCCCUUCAAGAGUGCUGUGCAUUUGUAGUGGGACUAAUUAGAACCUUAGGUUUCAUGAGGAAGAACUGUACCCUGACUGAAUAAACUAGAUUAAAAUUAAAACAUGCUAUGAUAUGAA